AUUCAAACUAUUUUAAAUGUCCACAAUACCUUCCGUGCUAGACACAGUUCUCCUCCCUUGGUUUGGAAUGCUACGUUGGCUAACUUUGCUAAUCAAUGGACCCUCCGAUGUCAAUUUGCUCAUAGUGGUGGACCUUAUGGUGAAAACCUUGCUCUCAGAACUGCUAAUUGGAAUGCUACUGUCUCUGCUUGGUACAACGAAGUCUCUCUUUACGAUUACAAUAACCCUGGCUUCAGUUCUUCCACAGGUCACUUUACUCAAGUUGUCUGGAAGGACACCACCCAAGUAGGCUGUGCUGUCACUAGCUGUCCUAACCUCAAUGGUAACUUUUAUGCUUGUGAAUAUUCUCCCCGAGGCAAUGUU